UUUUUUUUUUUUUUUAAUGAUUAGACUGGGAUUAUGGGUCUUGAGAGGAAGACUUAAUAUACUUAAUCAUUUGCUUAUAUCGAUAUUGACUCAUGGAUAUUUACUUUAUAUUUUGCGUUCUAAUCCAUGCCUUUUUAAAAAUGUACUUUCAUGGCUAAGUAAAAUGUGGAUAGCUUUUGAAGUCAACAGAGGUGAACAACAUUUAGAGGUUAUGCAGUAUAUAUUUAAUCAACCCGCCACUUUUUCCUUAUUUCCAACAAUGCUGAAAUAACAUCGUUGUGCGUUCAUUUUUGUGCACUCGUGUGACUAUUUUUAGUGUAUUAUUCUACCCCCAUCUCUAAGACACAUUCAUUAUACCUGAGCUAUGUUCCCUUUCUUCAACUACACACUGAAUUCUGUAGCUUAGGCGGUUUUCUCUACGGAGAAUGCUCUUCUGCUAUCUUUGCCCACUCAAUUUCCCUAUUUGAUUCAGGGCUCAGCGCCAAGGCAUCUUGCUGUAGAAGCUCUUCUGUAGUGUUUUGAAGAGAAUUUUAUGGUUCCAUCCCACUUCUCUUUGUUGUGUAUGUAUUAUAAUACUCACCAUCUGAGCCUCCUGUUUUAUCCCAGGACUUUUUCCUGGGUAGUUUAUUAAUGGGCAGAAGAAGGGAGAUCAAUCACACUCAUCUGUGUACUCCAUUGCAGUGAUGAGCCCAUAAAAUAACUAGUAUAUUUUGACUUUGAAGCGAAGAACCUGAGUAACUGACAGAUUUAACUGUGCUCAAUUUCAUGGCUAUUCUUCCUUUCUUUCACAUAUAUUGUUGUUGCUGCAUGCUUCAGGGAGUUGACUAUAGGUGCUAGUUUUUGUUUAAAGUGCAAAUAACUGUGCUGUAGUUUAAAUGUAAUGUUUUCCAGCUGUCUGUCAAAAAUGUUACUGGAAGGCUUUGGUAUUACAGUGUCUUACAAAAUGGGCAUUUUAAUGUGCCAAGUAUUUAUAGGAAAUUGUAUAUGAAAGCAGGAGAAAUGAAACGAUUACAUAAGGCCCCUUAUACUUCUGACUUUCUUUUAAGUAAGCAGGGGGCGUUAUGUACCCCAAAUAUUAUGGUUAGUAAUAAGAGGUGCAUGUCAAAAAGCAAAACAAAAACAAAGCAAAGAGACAAUGUUAGUUUGGUUGUGACGCUGUCAGCUGAGGCUAAAGAUCUCAUACUGCUUUGUGAUGACACACCCAGACUGUACUUAGGCAGAUUCGCGCCCCUUCCUUUAAUACUUGGAGACGAGGUAACCCACACAUCCGUGACCCCCCAACUAGGUUGGAGGAGGCCUUGCCGCAGGCGCGCGCGCACAGACCGCCACCCGCGGACACCUGGCUCCGGGCUCAGCCAGGCGGGGGGCCCCGCCUCCGAUCUACCGAAGCCCAAUCAUCUGGAGAGUCUGGGGUACGUCCCGCGCCGGCCACGCCCCCAGCCUGCGGGGCGGGGGGCGUCUUUAAGAGCCGGCCGGCGGGCCCCCGACGCAGUAGGGGGUGCGGGGCUGUGGGCUGGAGGCCUGAGUGCUGUGCUCUGGGGUGCCGGCUCGCCUCCGCCUUCCUCCUCGCGGCAACCUCCGAGCCCUGCGCCGCCGUCCCACCGGGGGCUCCACCGCCCUCUCCUCGGCCUCACCAGCCCGCCGGCCGGGCGCUCGGCGGCUCCUCCGUGAGCCCGCCGGGAACUCGCACCCCUCGCGCUCCCCUGGCUCCCGAGGGGGCCGCCUCGGGCCAUGGUGCCCUUCCCCGAGGAGCCCGCCGCCGCGCGGGGGACGAGCGAGGCGCAGCCGCCGGGCCCCGCGCCCACCGGGGCAGCUCCGCUGCCGGGCCCGGGACCCUCGGACGGCCCCGAGGCGGUGGUCGAGAAGGUGGAGGUAGAGCUGGCGGGACCGGCGGGCGCUGAGCCCCCUCAGCCUCCCGAGGGCGGCUGGGGCUGGCUGGUGAUGCUGGCGGCCAUGUGGUGCAACGGGUCGGUGUUCGGCAUCCAGAACGCCUGCGGGGUGCUCUUCGUGUCCAUGCUGAAGACCUUUGGGUCCACGGACGAUGACAAGGUGGUCUUCAAGACAGCGUGGGUAAGUUCUCUGUCCAUGGGGAUGAUUUUCUUUUGCUGCCCAAUAGCCAGCGUCUUCACAGACAUGUUUGGUUGUCAGAAGACAGCUGUCGUGGGUGCUGCUGUUGGAUUCAUUGGACUCCUGUCCAGUUCUUUUGUAAGCUCCAUCGAGCCUCUGUACCUUACCUAUGGAAUCAUAUUUGCUUGUGGCUGCUCCUUUGCAUACCAGCCUUCGCUGGUCAUUUUGGGACACUAUUUCAAGAAGCGCCUUGGACUGGUGAAUGGCAUUGUCACCGCUGGCAGCAGCAUCUUCACAAUUUUGCUGCCUUUCCUUUUAAGGGUUCUGACUGACACCGUGGGCCUCUUUCACACACUGAGGGUCCUCUGCAUCUUCAUGUUUGUUCUCUUUCUGGCUAGCUUUACGUACCGACCUCUUGCUCCAAGUGCCAAAGAUAAAGAGGGUGGAACCAAAGGAGGCAACAACAGAUUCUCCCUCUUUUCCAGGAGGAAGUUUAGUCCUCCAAAAAAAUUUUUCAAUUUUGCCCUCUUCAAGGUGACAGCUUAUGCGGUUUGGGCAGUUGGAAUACCGCUUGCACUUUUCGGAUACUUUGUGCCUUAUGUUCACUUGAUGAAAUAUGUGAAUGAAAGAUUUCAAGAUGGAAAAAAUAAAGAGGUGGUUCUCAUGUGCAUUGGCAUCACUUCAGGAGUCGGACGGCUGCUCUUUGGCCGGAUCGCAGAUUAUAUGCCUGGUGUGAAGAAGGUUUACCUUCAGGUACUCUCCUUUUUCUUCAUUGGUCUGAUGUCCAUGAUGAUUCCCCUGUGUGGUGUCUUUGGGGCCCUCAUUGCUGUCUGUCUCAUCAUGGGUCUCUUCGAUGGAUGCUUCAUUUCCAUUAUGGCUCCCAUUGCCUUUGAGUUAGUUGGUGCCCAGGAUGUUUCUCAAGCAAUUGGAUUUCUACUUGGAUUCAUGUCUAUACCCAUGACUGUGGGCCCACCUAUUGCAGGGUUACUUCGUGACAAGCUGGGCUCCUACGAUGUGGCAUUCUACCUCGCUGGAAUCCCUCCCCUUAUUGGAGGUGCUGUCCUUUGUUUUAUCCCAUGGAUCCACAGUAAGAAGCAAAGAGAGAUUGGUAAAGCCACUGGAGGAGAAAAGAUGGAGAAAAUGUUGGAGAACCAGAACUCUCUGCUGUCAAGCUCACCUGGAAUCUUUAAGAAAGAAUCUGACUCUGUUAUUUAAUGUCUUAUAUACCUCCACCAGACUGGACUUGCUUUCGGAAGUUUAAGCAAGUUUCCCUUUUAUAUGAAUUGCAAAUUUCCUAUUUUUUUAAUUACAUCUUAAGAAUAGCACAAUAAUUGGGAAAUAGAACCCUUAUUACUACAAGAACCAUUUCUGCCACUGAAUAGCUAGCUGUUUGAUAUUUCCAUGAGUUUGGGGGCAGAGACUAUGGUAUAUGAAAACAUGUCUGAAAGUCAAAUAUUAAGAGAAUUGAAGCUAUUCCAAAGCAACUUUGGAAACUGUGAAUGCUAAUAAGCUUAUACAAAUAUUUAAAAAUACCUCGGGGCGCCUGGGUGGCUCAGUUGGUUGAGCGUCCGACUUCGUUCGGCUCAGGUCGUGUUCUUGCUGUUCGUGGGU